AUGGAGGGCGACACUCUGCGAUGCCACGUGAAAGUGAGCGACGACAGCGACGGGUGCACCUUCGAGUGGUACGCCAACGACAUGCAGAUCACCUCCGGAGAGCAAGUGCUUGUCGAUUUACAAGCCGAUGCCAUAAGCCAAAUUCCAGGACCAGACGAAUCAUUCGAAAUGGUCCCACCAGACGUUCCCGAAGAAUCGGCACCGAAGAUCAUUGAACCGCUUCAUUCGGCCUCAUUUAUUGACGGCCAGCCAAUGCUUCUUCGCUGUCGUAUCAAGGCGGUGCCUUCGGCUGCGAUCGUUUGGUCGAAGGAUGAUAUCAAUGUCGAAGAAUGGGUCAUCAAUAAAGAUAUCGUCACCCAGAUACAUCCGGAUGGAAUUUGUGAACUAAUGAAUCCCGAAGUCUACCCAGAAGACAGCGGCCUCUACAAGUGCACAGCUACUAAUCCGCAUGGAACUGCAGAAACCGCCGCUUACAUCAAUAUUCAUGGAAUCGACUACGCGAAGAGCCAGGAGGAUGGCUCAGCAAGUGUUGAGUCAGCGAUGAUGUCGGAGGAGCCACCAAAGUUCGUCGAGAAGCUGACCGCUGAGACGGACGGCGCCUAUGAUUUGAACUAUGUUCGACUUAUCUGCAGGGUCAAGAGUGCUGUUACCACCACAAUCAGCUGGUGGAAGAACGACGUGCAACUGAUUCCUGGAGAAAAGUACGAACUUCACGAAUUCUCCGACGGUGCUCUUAUUUUGACGAUUUACUCGCCAACUCCUUCAGACAAUGGU